AUGGCGGCAGCUCAAAAUUUUCUCUUCUCCAACUUCCUCUCGCUGCUCUUCCAUGGCAGCGGCGGCGGUGCCCCGCCGGCUGCAUUGCGUCCACACUCCUCUGAAAAAGUGUGCAUACACAGGCGUGCACCUGACGCGGCGCGGCUCGCCGAGGCCACCGCGCUGGUCGUCGACGUCGAGGGCGGCUUGCUCCUGUCGCACUCCCUCUUCCCAUACUUCAUGCUGGUUGCCGUCGAGGCCGGCGGAUUCUUCCGUGCACUCAUACUUCUCCUCCUCUACCCUGCGAUAGCCUGCGCCGGCGCCAUCGGUGGCGGUGACGUGGCCGUGCGGGCUAUGGCCUUCGUCGCCUUCUGCGGGCUCAGCGCCGCGCGGUUCCGCGCCGGCCGUGCCGUGCUGCCACGGUGGCUCCUGGAGGACGUCGGGCUCGAGGCGUUCGACGCCGUGCGGCGGAGGCCGUCUGGUGCUGCCGGUAAGAGGGCGGUGGUGGUGUGGGCCAGCAGGAUGCCGAGGGUGAUGGUGGAGCCAUUCUUGAAAGAGUACCUGAUGGCUGACGCCGCUGACGUCGUCGCGGCGAGGGAGAUGAAGGUGCUGUGGGGGUUCUACACCGGCCUCAUGGAGGAAGGCGACGGAGAAGCGGCGUCGAAGGCGAGGAAGAAGCUCAUGGAAGGGGAGAGCGCCUUCGUCGGCGACGAUGUCGUGGGUAUCUCCGGAGGAUCCAUGGAAUUCUUCCUUGGAAACACUCUGUCUUCCUCGUGCAAGGAGGUGUACGUGGUGAGCGCCGAGGAGAAGAGCAAGUGGCGGCCGUUGCCGCGGCGCGAGUACCCGAGGCCCCUCGUCUUCCACGACGGCCGCCUCGCCUUCCUUCCGACGCCGCCCGCCACCGUCGCGAUGCUCGUCUGGCUCCCCUUCGGCGCUGCACUCGCCGUGGCUCGCCUCACCGUCGCCAUCGUGCUCCCCUACCGCUACGCCACGUUGAUCCUCGCCGCCACGGGCCAGUCCUGGCGCCUCCGCGGAUCGCCGCCUCCAUCAUCGCGCUCGCCGUCGCGCGGGCAGCUGUACGUGUGCAACCACCGCACGCUGAUCGACCCCGUAUACGUCUCCAUCGGGCUGGACCGCCCCGUGCGCGCCGUGUCCUAUAGCCUGAGCCGCCUCUCGGAGCUCCUCUCCCCCAUCGGCCGCACCGUCCACCUCGCCAGGGACCGCGUUCACGACGGCGCCGCCAUGGCGCGCCUCCUGGACGGCGGCGCGCACGUCGUCGUCUGCCCCGAGGGCACCACCUGCCGCGAGCCAUACCUGCUCCGUUUCAGCCCUCUGUUCGCCGAGCUCAGCAGCCAAGGUGUCGUGCCCGUGGCGCUCGCCGUCGAGACGGCCAUGUUCCACGCCACGACCGCCGGCGGCUGGAAGUCCAUGGACCCGCUCUACUACAUGGCCAACCCCAGGAUGUGCUACACGCUGGAGUUUCUCGACAUAGUCGACACGACUCCCGUCAGAAACGGCGCGGCGGCGAGCACCGACGUGGCCAACCGCGUGCAGCGGAUGAUGGCGGCGGCGCUCGGGUACGAGUGCACCAUGCUCACUAGGAAGGACAAGUAUCUCAUGCUCGCCGGCAACGACGGACUCGUGGGCGCAAAGGGGCCAACACGUUUCAGUGAGUGUGGCUGGACAUUAUUGAAACCAUAAGCGUCGAAAAGAAGA